AUGGCAAGCGAAGAGCUCCACCUCAAGUUCGACUACAUCAGCCUUCACUUACGGAACAGCAGACUGCUUCGCAAACUUCAGACGCAUCUGCAUGCCGAUCUGGUAAGAUGUUUCACGGAGGAAUACAUCGAAGAUGAGUCCCAGCUUCCUUUUGUCAUCGGGAUGCUGCAUACCGCCGCAGAAGUGGUUUGGAAGUUUCUGGAAGACGAAGGCGCCGCAACCCUGGUGAAGAAUUCCAUGGACCGCAGCGACUUCGCCAUGCACAGCUCUCUACGCGAAGAGUCGUCUGAGCAGCGUUUCCAGAGAUUGGCACAGGCACGAGGGUCGCCAGCUGUUUUCGAGCAACGACAUGCGUGA